AAUACAACUUACUCAUCAAGUUUCGUGAUACUCUCCACCCACGGCUUUGCCUCUUCCGCUGAUGGAUCAUAGGAUUUUAUGGCUAAAAUCACCUCGGUCACAGUGUCGACUACAUGUUGACCAAAACCAGCCCAUUCCUUCUUGUUGUCCUUGAACUUCUAAGUACGUGGCGCAAACCAAGUGCACCGCCAGUCGCCAUUUUUAGCGGGGGACACCAAUCAGCCGUAUUAUUGACAACCCGGAGGAUUGGGACCGCUAUGGCACCACCCGCUACGAGGAGAUCGUCGAUCUUUUGCCUGAGGACCUCAGCCUUUUGCUGCAAUGACAUGGUCGAUAGCGGACAAGUGGACGGAGAGUGCGCAACACACGUAUUCUGCCUAGCAUUUAGUCUAAUCCGAUGUCAACGGCGAAUUGCAGCAUGCGCGUUGGCAUGACCCAGACUGGUUAUGAUGGCGAGAGAAUUAGUAUGACCCCUACUUGCUAACUUAUAGGACUUCAUAUGCAAGUCGUAAUCAGGCACGAGUUGCAGCGAUCGCUUCGUACUGAGGGCCC